GAGCCCACGUCCGAGUUCCCAGGGCGACGGGCGGUCGCGCCGUGACGUCAGGGUGUUUCCCGGUGACGCCGCGGCGCAGGCGCGCGGCGAGCGCGGCGGCGAUUCUGGGUGACGUCACGGGCCGGGCGUGACGUGCGGUGGCGCGGGCCGCCGGGAGCCGGCCGGGAUCUGCGCUCGCCCCCCUACCCCUCCCACUACGGGUCGCGGCUGGGGGCGUCCCGGCGGCGGGGACGCGGUUCCCCCCUCCCCCUCCCUCGCCCCAGCGCUUCGAUCCAAGAUGGCGGCGCUGAGCAGCGGCAGCAGCGCCGAGGGGGCCUCGCUCUUCAACGGGGACACGGAGCCCGAGCCGCCGCCGCCCGUGCUGGGCGCCUGCUACGCCGGGAGCGGCGGCGGCGACCCGGCCAUCCCGGAGGAGGUGUGGAAUAUCAAACAGAUGAUUAAAUUAACACAAGAACAUAUAGAAGCGCUGUUAGACAAGUUUGGAGGAGAACAUAACCCACCAUCAAUAUAUUUAGAGGCCUAUGAAGAGUACACCAGCAAACUAGAUGCUCUACAGCAGAGAGAACAGCAGUUAUUGGAAUCCAUGGGAAAUGGAACUGAUUUCUCUGUCUCCAGUUCAGCUUCAACGGACACAGUUGCAUCAUCUUCCUCCUCUAGCCUCUCUGUAGCACCUUCAUCCCUUUCAGUUUAUCAAAAUCCUACUGAUAUGUCGCGGAAUAACCCUAAGUCUCCACAGAAGCCUAUUGUUAGAGUCUUCCUGCCCAACAAGCAAAGGACUGUGGUUCCGGCAAGAUGUGGGGUGACAGUCCGAGACAGCCUGAAGAAAGCUCUGAUGAUGAGAGGUCUUAUUCCAGAAUGCUGUGCUGUUUACAGAAUACAGGAUGGAGAGAAGAAACCAAUUGGCUGGGACACUGACAUUUCCUGGCUAACCGGAGAGGAGUUACAUGUGGAGGUCUUGGAGAACGUGCCACUCACAACACACAAUUUUGUACGAAAAACAUUCUUCACGUUAGCGUUCUGCGACUUCUGUCGAAAGCUGCUUUUCCAGGGGUUCCGAUGCCAGACGUGUGGCUACAAAUUUCACCAGCGCUGUAGUACAGAAGUGCCACUGAUGUGUGUUAACUAUGACCAACUUGAUUUGCUGUUUGUCUCCAAGUUCUUUGAACAUCACCCCAUAUCGCAGGAGGAGACCACCUUAGGAGAGACCACCCCGGCAUCGGGAUCGUACCCCUCAGUGCCCCCAUCAGAUUCUGUUGGACCACCAAUUCUCCCUAGUCCUUCUCCUUCAAAAUCCAUUCCAAUCCCACAGCCCUUCCGACCAGCAGAUGAAGACCAUCGGAAUCAGUUUGGGCAACGCGACCGAUCCUCUUCAGCUCCCAAUGUUCACAUCAAUACAAUCGAGCCAGUCAAUAUUGAUGACUUGAUUAGAGACCAGGGUGUACGAGGAGAGGGAGCCCCUUUGAACCAGCUGAUGCGCUGUCUUCGGAAAUACCAAUCCCGGACUCCCAGUCCCCUCCUUCAUUCUGUCCCCAGUGAAAUAGUGUUUGAUUUUGAGCCUGGCCCAGUGUUCAGAGGUUCAACUGCAGGUUUGUCUGCAACACCUCCCGCAUCUUUGCCUGGGUCACUUACCAAUGUGAAAGCAUUACAGAAAUCACCAGGCCCCCAGCGGGAAAGGAAAUCAUCCUCAUCCUCAGAAGACAGAAAUAGAAUGAAAACCCUUGGUCGACGAGAUUCAAGUGAUGAUUGGGAAAUCCCAGAUGGGCAGAUCACAGUUGGACAAAGGAUAGGAUCUGGAUCAUUCGGAACAGUCUACAAAGGAAAGUGGCAUGGUGACGUGGCAGUAAAAAUGUUGAAUGUUACAGCACCCACACCUCAACAGUUACAGGCUUUCAAAAAUGAAGUAGGAGUGCUCAGGAAAACACGGCAUGUGAAUAUCCUACUUUUUAUGGGUUAUUCAACAAAACCUCAGUUGGCUAUUGUUACACAGUGGUGUGAGGGGUCCAGUUUAUAUCACCAUCUGCACAUAAUUGAGACCAAAUUUGAAAUGAUCAAACUAAUUGAUAUUGCACGACAGACUGCACAAGGCAUGGAUUAUUUGCAUGCCAAGUCGAUCAUCCACAGAGACCUCAAGAGUAAUAAUAUUUUUCUUCAUGAAGACCUCACGGUAAAAAUAGGUGACUUUGGUCUGGCUACAGUGAAAUCACGAUGGAGUGGAUCUCAUCAAUUUGAACAGUUAUCUGGAUCAAUUCUGUGGAUGGCACCAGAAGUGAUCAGAAUGCAAGACAAAAACCCAUAUAGCUUUCAGUCAGAUGUGUAUGCGUUUGGGAUUGUGCUUUAUGAACUGAUGACUGGACAGUUACCAUACUCAAACAUCAACAACAGGGACCAGAUAAUUUUUAUGGUGGGACGAGGAUAUCUAUCUCCAGACCUCAGUAAAGUAAGAAGUAACUGUCCAAAAGCAAUGAAGAGACUAAUGGCAGAAUGCUUGAAAAAGAAAAGAGAUGAGAGACCUCUUUUUCCACAGAUUCUUGCCUCCAUUGAGCUUCUGGCCCGGUCAUUGCCAAAAAUUCACCGCAGUGCAUCUGAGCCGUCACUAAACCGGGCUGGCUUCCAGACCGAGGAUUUUAGUCUGUAUGCUUGUGCUUCUCCAAAAACGCCCAUCCAAGCAGGGGGAUACGGAGAAUUUGCAGCGUUCAAGUAGCCACAGCACCAUGGCAGCACCCACUCUGUUAUUUAAGUCUUGUGUUCCUACCGUUUCUUAACAUCAAAACUCUAUUCUGCUCCGACAAACCUAAAAUAAUUUAGAAAAGAUAUCCAUAAGCUUAAAAGUGGAGCGGAAUGGAACUGCCAGUCCAACACAAUGGGAAAAAGUACCUUUUUAGGAACCAGAAUACUCCGCUGCCAGUGUUCCUCCUUCAACACAAAACACCACGUGCAUUCGGAUACCCGCAGUGGCUGCCUGAGCUGUUGGCAUCAUUCCCAGGAGAGAGGAGAGGGCGCUCGUGGUUUGACUUUGGUGCUCAGGCAUGAGGGGAUGGAGCUGCUGCUGCAAAUUAGGAGACUUGCUUUGGAUGGUCUGCCGGUCGGCUUUCUCCCUCUAACAACGUAUCAUCAGAGGCUGAAUAUCUGAUGAGUGCUAAUUAAAAGAAUCAUCCUUUGUUCUGAUCUCUUUUCCUGGUGUACUCACUGGUUUGUGGACAAUGCAGUAUCCCCUUUUCACUGUAUUAGAAUGUCAAACGCCUAAUUUUAUCUAAAUAUUUGGGUUCUAUUCCAGUAAAAUUGAAAAGUAAGGGGUAGUGGGAGCUGGAGGUGGUGUUACUCCGAAGGCGAAGAGAUUCAUCUGAAGGAAAAGGGGAUGCUGCUGCACUUUUUUUCAGAUUUACUUUAUCACUUUCUCAAAAAACAAACGACAACCACCAACUUUAACCUUUCCUUUUCCAGUAUUUUCUUGGUGUGUGCGUAUAUAACAUCUUUUAGAAGGGUUACGUAGAUCCUUCUUUUGUUGGUCCAGCAACAAACUGAAGUUUAAAAAAAAAAAAAUGUAGCGAGAUUGUCCUUUUUUUUUUUUCUUUGUAUCUUAUGAUACAGUAUAUUUAUCAAAGAUGCUACCGCAGCAUCUGAAGUCUGUAAAUUCCUGAUACAGGCUGUGAAUGGUGUAUGUACCUACUUUAAAAGUUUUAUUUUAAAUGAGGGUGCAGGUUAAUGCCAGGUACCUUACCAAUAUGUAAUGUUUUCAUAAUUGAGGAAAAAAGUUCUCAGGUUGAAUUGAAUACAAAUACAGAACCCCCUAGAAUUAGACAUUCCAUAAAUUGUUUUGGUACUUUCAGGAGCUGUUUUUUUUUCUGUUGUUGUUGUUGUUGGUUUUUUCUUAAUUAAAAAAAAAAAAAAAAGGAUUUUUAUCCUGUUAACUAAACGUCCUCUGAUAAGUGUGUGUGUAAAUGUGGAGCAUCUUGUCCUCAUGGCAAGUUGUGCGAUCAAAACAAAACGGUACUUGCUGGAUCCACGCUGAUUACUUCUCCUCACAUUGCUUCCUUCCCUGUGAUCUCCUUCCCUUCCGUUUGUCUUUCCCUUUUGUACUCUUUGCAAACUAGGAUGACGGUGGCGGUAUCUACUUUAGAGUGCUCUGUUUUCCUGUCCUCCAGUCCUGGUUUUCAAACGGUCGGUAGCUUUCUUACAAGUUACCCAGUCAGGGAAAAUAACUCAUCCAAUUCUGCACAUUGUUUACCUCUAGUAGAAUAUCUUGUGAUGUGAUCUGUUUGCAGAGUUCUCUGGUAUGUGGUAUUACAUGUAAAUUAUUUGUACAAAGGCAAGUCAGACCACAUUAGAAAGAAAUUCAAGCUCAGAAGUUUUCAGGACUUGAUUCCUGUCUGCCCUGUACCACCCCACCUGAGGCAGGAGAACUGACCCACCUCUAGCUGGGAGGUUCCUGGGGAGAGGAGGGUGUUAGUCAAAAUCACGGCAAAUAAAUGAAGGAGUUAAAUGUGUGUCAUGUGGUGUCCGUACUAAACUGUGUAAAGGGCGAGGACGCUGUCCUUCCCUUGCAAGGAGUUGGACUGUUCCUGUCUGCACAACGCUGCUCCCGGGCUAUGGGAGAAACACACAUCGGUAGUGGAAUGUGUUUCUAAAGCCUCGGAGUUCUGCGGUGUUGCUGGUAGUCUGUUCUUUUUGUCAGUAAAUAUUUACUGGGGUUAUAGGGACCCGACUAAUCUGAAGUGGGAAUUAUAACUGAAAUACUGUGUAUUCAUAUUAAUUCCACAAACAUUAGCAAGACAGCAAUAGUAAAUGACUUAAUAGUCACUACAAGAAUGAAGCGAUUCAUGUUGGUACAUGAAUAGAAUCGACUUUGUGUAUAGGAUGCAUUUAAAAAAAAAAAAAAAAAGAAAAAGCACAAUUUUUUUCUCGUCUGCUGUGGGUCUUCAGAUGCUGUAAGGCUUUUCUCCUUAUUGAGAUUGGCAGGAACUUCCAUAGUAGCAAUAGCCACUUCCCAGUGCGGAGAAGCUGCUGAGGUGAGCGAUGGUGCGGAGCCCAGGUGGAAGCGAUGCAGGGCCGUGUGCUCAGCAGGCCGGGAGCAUGCCCAGGUGUGAGCUCCAGGAGGGCAAAGCCACCCCGUGCGUUGUGUCAGCCCUUGUGUAGGCAGUGCCUGGUUUGUAAGUGUAGGGCAUACUGGAAAUUGAUAUUCUCUUGAAAGAAACUAUUAUCUGAGCGACUAUGUACAGGUAGUUCAAGAGUCAUUUGUUUCAUAGAGCUUGUUAAAAGCCCUAGUUUCCUUCCACGAGGUCAUGCUAGCAGAAAACUGCUAAACUAUAACUGUUAGGAAUUUCUUUGCUUAAAAUGAACUUAUUUUUGUGGAGAUUCAUUACCCAUUAGUCUACAGUAUGCUUCUUGAGCCCAUAGGAAAAGCACAAGGAAAAUUGCUCUCCUUGUCCAUGCAAAGCACUUUAUAAGUAACAGAUGGUCUUUGUCUUGUUGGUUGUUUUUCUUAUUUGGGGUUUCUUUGUUUUGUUUCUCUGUUUUGUUUGUUUUUAUUUUUCCCUGAGGAAUGUGCAAGUUGUUUGGCUGCUGUGUAGAGAAGUCAUUUCAGGAUGCGUUUCUACUGGUUUUCAUGUUUGUUUCCCCAUAGUUUUGUGUUUCCUCUAUAAGAGCUCCCGCGUAACACUCAUGGAAACCUUUGGAAGAAAUUUGGUUUGUAAAUAAUUGUAAUUUUUUUUUUUAAAUCUUUCAAGAAUUGUAAUGGAUGUCUCGCAUGCCAUCAGAAUCAGUCUUAAAGUUGCCCCGAAGAUCUUUAGUGAAUGGAGAGAUGAGUAGAAAAGAACUGGGGAUCCUGUAUAGCAGUGGAAUGCAGGAAAUAAAUUGAAAUGAAAUGACAAAUGGAUUCACGUCAAUUGCACCAAAUUUCUUACGCUUUUCUAUGGCAUCCCAAACACGAGCAUGUGCCGUAGUGUGAGAAAUGGCAGCGUGUAUUUUGCGUGCAGAUGUUGGGACAAACAUGCAGACAGUCACGUUGCUUUCAGCACUGCAGUAUCUAAUACGUUUUCAUAACUACCAGUACCCAGUCCCAGCUACUCACGAGGUCUUUAUUCACCACACACACCUUCCCCUCUGCCUUCCCAAACAGUUAGAAGAGACCUGUUCCAUCUCCCUUUUCAGCAGGUGACUGUUUCCUAUGGCGUAUUCGCUGGAACUGGAACACUGGCGAGGCGUAAGCCAAAAAGUAUCAGCACAAAGGCCUCGUUAUUUUGAAAGUAAUUUCUGCAUGAAUUAAUCCUUUAUAUUUUUUUAUUAUUCCUUAAAUUCAUGUGUACCAUCAAAUGAAUCCCCUUCUAUUUUUCAUGCAUACCUAAAAUAGUCUUUUCUUGUACUGGAAUGCUUUAGUAGCUGAUGGUGAUGCAGAACAUUUGAGGCCUCACAGAGCUAUCUUGUUGUGACCUCCCAGAAUUGCCUGGACUAGUAUGUGCUCAUUGGAGGCAGAAUUUGGCCUUUAUAACAUAAAAUGAAUGCAGUGCUGGCUGUUGAUAAAUACCAUGAAUUCCACAAACAGGGGAGAAGGAAGAAACACCAGAGGUUGUUCAUAAAUAAGGUUGUUUCUGUGUGCGCCUCCAGUGUUUUGCAGAGUAUUUGGAGAAUCCAGGUCCUCAGAAACCCUACAAUCAGCUGUAUGUUAAGGUUUUGAUAACUGGAGGGGCUAGAUUAGGGAAGAAGUAUGUAGACAUCUCACACCUUUACUGCCUGUAAAUGUAAUUCCUUUCUUGACUGUGAGUACAACAUGCGUAGCACAAACUAUCCGUAGUACUGUAGACAACGUGUCUUCUGUCUGUUGAAAAACGUUUCACCAGUAGCACAAUAUGGCAGGCAAAGCUUCUAGGUACAAUCAAGUUCACUGAAAAAUCAGUUGCAUGAAUGGAUUGCAAAGUGGCAUCACUUUGAAGGUGCUGGGUUUUCUGUUCUUCGUUUUAUGUAGAAGUUCAUGAAAGAAACUCUUGUUUACUGCAGCCAUGUUAAUGUGUGCUUGCACUCCAUGUUUGUUUUGGCAUACAUUUUAAAUAUCUUUUGGCAUUGCUUCAUUACUUCUUACCUAGAAAAUGAAGUCAUUGAAAGAGCAGAGCAAUGAUGCUAACAUAAAAGCUACUAAGUCAGCACGAAGACAGCACUAAAUAAUUAUGAAAUUGUGUGAUACUUUUUAAAAACUGCAGAAUAUAGAGGAUACCAAGGGCAAAUUCUAUUUAAAACUGGCAUGUACCUUUUCUUCAGAAAAUAGAGCUAUCAAGACCUGUUAAAUGGUUUACGUAAAGAUCCCCCAGAAGAGUCUUUGCAGUUUGCCAAAUGAUCAUGUGCCUUUGCAACCUAAAAAGUACAACAGAAUGUAAACCAGGUGCUUUGUAACUGGGGCAGUGGCUUUGGUUUACUUCUGAUGCAGUAGUUUUGUAUAUAGCUAUUAAUAUAGAUAGGCAGUUUGGAGUUGGUAAACUUUAUAGAGGAGCAAGGAGAGCAGGGAACAUUCCCAAAAAUGCCUACAAUCAUUUCAGAGCUAGGAGCUGAAGUAUACUAACUUGAUUACAGCUAUUUGAAAUCUGCUCUACUGAAAGCUAAAUGAGGUUAAUUUAAAUUAAAAAAUAAAGAAGCCCUCCUUUCCCUCCAAAGACACAAGGAUCCUGUUAAAGGGAAGUAAUAUAAAGAUUUGGAGAGGGCUGAAAUUAUUAUAUGUCAUAGAAUGAGACAGUAGGUGAAAAAUGAGAACUAAAUUAGGAGAAAUUGAUGGCUACUACUCAUGUAAUGAAAUAGUGAAUUCCCUGGCCCUGAAAGUGCAAUUAAUUUUGUUUUAUGGAAUAGCAGCAGGUUUCCUUAGCUCUUCCUCAGGCCUCUUGCAGUUUUUCACAACGCCAAGUGUUGUGCAUUGCGCAUUGAUGCUGGGAGAGAAUAGGUACCUUGUCAGCUGAGGGACGGCCAGUGUGUCAGAGUCUGAGCUGUUCAGAUUGCAGCCUGCUGCUCACUGAGGCUUCUGGCAGAACCUACAUACUGUGUCCUAUUUGACCUGUUUGUCCAUAAGGAUGAAAGAAUGGAUUUUGCUGUUCGUGCUUUUUCUUUUGCAGAUCUUUUCCUUUUGUUUUUUGGGGUGAGACUUUGGGCCUAACUGUAAGUGGCAGAGUUAUGUCUGAAUGCACAGCCCAUACAAAUUUCAGGCUGAUUUCAACUUGUUCUUUGUUCCCUUUAGAAAUCAAAGUGUAAUUUAAAAAAAUGUUUUACUAAAACUGCAGGAACUAUCUGAAAUUCUUUUACUGACCCCAAGUUCUGCACUAAAAGUAUACAUACAGUGUUUUAUCUUUUUUUUUUAAAAUACAAAAUCACAAGGAAGUUAUUUCCCUAUUUUUUCCAACAGAAGGGAAAUGAUGGGAGUGUUCAGAACUUCUAAACUGCCUAGGUGUUUGCUUUAUAGCAUCACAGCAGCAGUGUGCUCAGCUCCUCCAAUCCCUUUAAGAGCCAGCCGAGGCCUGUCCAGUCCUUUUGUCCAGCUUAUGGCAUUUGCAGCAGCUGUACUUCAGAAUAAGCCUUGUGUGACAUUGGCUUUGGAGUAUCACAGAAAAGCAAAGGAUCGUGUUCUUUUUCGUUUGGGUUUGGAAAAUGGUUAAUUUUUGUUUUGCUGAAUGUCAUUCUGUGUUGCAUUUGUGUAAUCACCAUAGUUGAAAAGAAAAUCUGUUUGUGAGCUUAAUGGAACAUAAGAAACGAAGCCCACUGUCUGGGCACAAAUGUUGGGUAUGGGGUGCAAAAUGGACCAAACUGGGGUGUUGGGUUAUUUUGGGAUGGUGGGGGAUUGUGAGGGCAUAAUUUAAAUUAAAUUAACUCUGUCUAAAAUAAAAUGUAAGUGCAAUAAAUGUGCUUUUUUAUUCAAAGCUGUGAACCUUUAGGGGUAAAAAAAAAAAGAAAAAAAAAGAAAACAAAAAUGCACAUCAUUCCUUCGUGAGCCUUGUGUCCUACCUGUCUCCUCUUCUUUCCCCACUCCACCCUUCUCAACUGACAGAUACCCAGCAGCAGCCAACUUGCAUGUGUUGGCAACCCAAAUCACACUGCUGCUUUUUUUCCCAUCUCAGCUGCUGGGACUGGGGUAAAGUCCUGCUCCCUGCUGCUUGCCACCCUUGAGACUCCUCUGGGAGCCCGUGUUGCUAGAGCAGGUCUGCAGGUGUUCAGGUAAGGGAGCUGGCCCAUCUGCUCUGCAGUCCCCACAGCUGCCCAUAGGGUUCCCCUGCCAGCCCUUUGCCCAUGACUCCCCACCCUGCCACAGCUCUCCUGGUGGCCUCCCAGGGCUGGACAGAUGACACUUUAGCACCUGCAAAAAGUCAUCAGUCAUCAGCUGCCUCAUUGGAUCCCUGUUUCCCUCUGUCAAAACAAACAUGCAGACUGGCCACUGUUGCCUUCUGUGACUCUGCCUUGUUUUGAAGGAGCAGGUAUACCUGCUUGUAACCAGUUGUGCACUGGUUGCACUGUCUCUUUCUUACUUGAGCGUGUGCUGCUUUUCCUAGGUUAGGAAAGGUGCAGCAGUCUCACUCGGAGUUCUGCAGGAGGCCUACUGCAUACUUUUAUUAAACGGGGAUGGAAGGUGUUGCACUUGGUUGUUGGAUCCUGUGGGGAAGUAAGAAAGGACUGGCACGUUUAAAGUUUAUAGAUACAGAGAUCUAUAUCCUUUAAACUUGAUUGUUUUUAUAUAUAGUCAAGACAUUGGCAUUACCUCAUAAUAUAGAGGCUUGUUUAUGGGAGGCAAACUAGUAAGGAGAGGAAAGGGAAAUUCAUAUACAGAUCUGAUUUCUUUGUUUCUUAGUGCAAUGAAACGUACGUCCCACCCAUUUGAACUGUGCUAACACAACAUUCCUUUCAGCUGUGUUUUGUUGACCACCAGAGGUUUGCGAGGGGCUUACGAUGACAAAGUAAAAGGUCCAGUCCAGUUACUUAAAAAAAAAAAGCAACUGUGUUAGUAGAUUUCCAUAGCUGCUUUUUAAAAAUCUUACAAUGGAGUAAUUGUUUGGAAACUUGUAUUUAUUUUCUAAUUCAUAACAAAAUGUUUAUUUUCAGUUUUCUGUUACAUAGAAGGUCAUGGCAACCCCCCUUCUUUCCCUCUCGAGUCUCCCCUGUAAUUGCCAAUACAACUUCUUUUUCUUGUUUGUUCCUUUCCCCUCUACUUUUGUUGUCCCUUCAUUUGUAUUUUGGAGUUUUUUCUCAUGUAAAUUUGUACAAUGGGAAAUAUUGUCCAGUUUGGUUAGAGAGCAUGGAGACUUAAAACAUAUUAAAAUUUGAUAGCUGAAUUCAGAUUAAAGAAAACUAUUUCUGUGUAAAGUUAUUUAAAGAACUCUGUAUUAUAUAAAAGGCAAAAAGUUCUAUGUACUUGAUGUGAAUAUGAGAAUACUGCUAUAAUAAAGAUUGACUGCAUGGAAAAGUCUGAA